AUGCCAGUCGAAUUGUUCUUUGAAGAGGACAUUCGCGUUGUUGUGGAGGCGUGCAUUAUCCUGCACAAUAUGAUGGUGGAAGAGCGACUUUCCAGAGAUCAAGAGGAGAGCAGCGAUUGGUAUCAUGAGCCAACAAUCAGUCAGGAAGAUGGACCAGAACAUCCUUUGGCAGGAGAUGGUGAGGAUGCUGUAGUGGGGCGGCAACCAACACCAAGAGAAAGACUUGAUGCAGUGAAUGCUCGCUGGCCACAGAACGGUGCUGCUACUGAGGAACACAGAGAAGAAAUCCGGGCUGCUAUUGACAACCAUUUCGAGUUCUUGCAAGGUCAGUUCGAUGAUCUGUAUGAUCGCGAUGGACACCAGCAGCUUCGAUUUGCCAUUAUGCAUGACAUUAGCAAAUAG